AUGAAGGCCACGCCAAGAACCUUUGCCAACCGGGAGCUGCUCCCGUCGCCUAGAGUUGGACAAUCAUCCGGUGCGGUCAUGCGCCCUGCCAUGACCACAGCUUUGCGGAGAACCGCCGCCAUUGGAUUUCUUGAAGAGAAACUUCACAUGCAGGCAGACACAGAUCGACCGUGCACUAGGGAACUUCUUUACAGAGGUGUGAGUGCAGAUGGCCAGGGUCGCAAGGAGUAUCUGCGCAGACGUGCGGGAUAUGGCAUUGCGGAGAGGUAUGGGCAGCCACAGACGGAAGCCCAAGUAAUGAGUUUGAGCUUGAGGCUCAAUCCUGGAGAACUUCGUCCUCCUUCAUUCGGGAAGAAGCCAAUCAUCGCGAAUACGUUCUAUCGUACGCGUGGAGCCGGCGGCUUCAAAGCAGCCUUUACGAUGCAUCCGUUGUCGGAGUUGGAGCUCUUCCUCCAGGGAGUUGGAGUUUGCCUGGCCGACUGCGAGACUUGCGAUCUAGAGUCCCUUGCCACAGGAGUCGCAGACGUGCUGAUCCGCGUGCAACAUCGCUGGGCAGAGCUCCAGCAGUUCCAUGGCAUACUUGAGAGUGACUUCCACUCGCUGCUGGUUCCCGACUUGUUGCGCAUCGUUGCCGUUGUGGCAACUCUCCAGUGCCAUACGGACUUCUCAAACAAGAUGGACUUUCAACUGGAAGUUGCCUUGACUUCGCUGCAGCUGGUCGAAAGCCUGCUCGGGUUUGCUCCCCGUCUUUUUGCGGAAGUCUUUAUGGCAUUUGCCACAAUGGCCCACAUGACAUAUAUGACGGCGAUCGAAACUGAAGCGUUGGGGCUUGUUCGUGGUAGUUUUACUUUCGCCUGGAAGAUGAGGAGAUCGUUGAGCCUCCACGCGAAAAUGUUCAGACUUUCGUCCCCGAGACAUGUUUUGGGCUUGGCCUCUGCGUUUGUGGGGAUAGCUAUCGCAGCCUGCACAACAUUCGUGUCACUACCCCAGCCGCAAGAUCAGCUCAAAACCCAGCUCUUGAUCGAAGAGGCGAAGCUCGGGCUCUUGGGCACACUGGCCUUGCCUCAUGCCGCACUGCUUGUUCUCCAUUCCAGUGAGUUCAUCGAGGCGAGGUGUAGCUUCCUCAGGCCCGUGCUUGGCCCACUCUGUGCAUUCUUGGGCCCUCUCUGUUUUGGCGUGCUUCUGAACCAUGGCUUUCUGGCUUUUGCAACCUGGGAGUUUAUUGGCAAGUUGCCAGAGAAGAUUUUAGAAUUGCCUGCUGUAUUGCAGGCACCCGGGCGGUCCAGGAUCGCUUUGUUUGUCAUUUAUGUCGUGGCAUGCUAUGUGGUUGCUUGGGUGACUGAGCGACUCCUGGCGUCACCCAUCACAGACUGCUUAAACUUACCGUGGGAAUUGCUUGUGAGACUUCUGAGAGGUAGCGCAGCCAUGGCAUUCCAGAUCACAAAGAGUAGAGUCGAGAUUCUGGAGAUCAACAGCGUGGGACCGGGGUAUUAUUCUGCAAAGCUCUUACCUAUGCGUGUUUGGCAAGGGAGGAUUCGUGCCAUGAAUGGCUUGCCGACCCCGUUCUUUCGAGCCCUUGGCUUUUUUCAUGUGUCUCAACUCACAGAGGGCUUCUUCUUGGUCUUCCUUUAUCAGGCUUCAACCAGGCGCGCAGCAUUGAUGGUGGUGGUGGACAUUGACUAUCGCGAGUACUUCCUCCCCGAUACUAUCCAGGAGCUGCAGCGCGCUUUCGACAAGUUUGACACAUCUGGAGAUGGUGCCAUCUCAGUCAAGGAGUUGUACCAAAUGUUUCGAAGUCUCGGCAAGAAAGUGAGCCGCCAGCAGCUGAAGCACGUGCUUGCUGAGAUUGAUACCGAUGGGAACGGCGAGAUUGAGUUCGAGGAGUUGUGCAUGCUCGAGAUCAAGAUGAGCGGGGCCCGACCACGAGCAGAUCUCAUUGAUUAUCGGGAGUUCCUGACGGAGCGCCAGGUGGCCAAACUGGAGACGGCUUUCCUGCGUAACGACAGAAAAAACACAGGUCUUAUUGGCCUCGAUGCCUUCUGUAGCAUCGUGGAAAGUCUCGCACCCUGGACGGAUCGAACACCUGUUGAGCAGCGUGCUACGCGCGAGGACUACGAGGAUGUACUGGCCGAGGUGGAUCCCCAAUGCCGCGGCAGCAUUGACUUCCACCAGCUUUGCUCGGGCUUUGCAGUCCUCACAAAAGCACGUAAGAUGGUAAACUACAGAGAGUAUCUCCAGCAGGACGAGGUAAAGGAGUAUCGUCGCAUCUUCAAUGCCACAACGCAGAAGAAGGGCCAAAGUGGGCUGUCGAAGUCAGACCUGGACCGGAUCUUGCGGAGAAUGGGUGCCACAUUACCGAAGGCGCAGCUGCGUGAGUUCUUUCAGUAUUUCGACACCGACGGCUCGGGGUUGAUGGACUUUGAGGAAUUCUGUGUGAUGCUCCUGAGGGUCCGCAACCUUAACAAGAAUCGGAUCGUGAGCCCGGAGACUUGCAGCUGUUCUCAGUUGUGGAAAGAGGAGGAGUUCAGCAUCGAGGAACUGCAGCAGUCUGGCUUCACGCUGGAGGAUUUCAAGCAUGCCAGCAUACCGGUCGCUGCUCUCCACAAAGAUGGAGGAUACUCUGCACUGGAGUUGCGACGUGCCGGAUUCUCUGCCAAGGAGCUGAAGCAAG